AAUACCAGGCAGGGAGGUGAUGUCACGUGGACUCUCAUGUGAUCGAAGGCCAGCGUCCAGCAUGGCGGCCUCCAUAGGUUCUUCGCUUCACGCUUUCCUGGUGCUGCAGGGCUGGCUGCUGACGGUGCCCCUGAGCCUUGUGCUGAGUACGGGGGAUUCCCUGGAUGAUGACCUGCUGCUUCCCUAUCCCAGGACUCGGAUGCGCCUACCACGGGACUGCCAGCCCGUCCGAAACGGGACCCGUCCUCAUGAGAGCUGGCCACCGCCUGCCAGGGCUCGCCCCAUUCCGGGUCCCGUCAUCCAUCACUUUGUUUCCCACUUCCUGGAUACUAGGAACGGCGCUAACCGGGCAGUGUCUGGCCACCUGACUGUAGCUGGAUCGCCCUUGCAUAGCUUCUCAGUCCUAGAGCCCGGAGGACCCGGCGGUUGUGCUGCCAGGAGGCGGGUGACAGUGGAGGAGACCGCCAGGGCAGCUGGCUGCAUAGUGGCCCAAAACGGUGGCUUCUUCCGCGUGGACACAGGAGAAUGCCUAGGGAAUGUAGUGAGCAGCGGGUCUCAAGUGAGCAGCUCUGGGGGGCUACAGAACGCCCAGUUCGGGAUCCGCCAGGAUGGGACCCUGGUCACAGGGUACCUGUCUGAGGAGGAGGUGCUGGACACAAAGAAUCCAUUUGUACAGCUGGUGAGUGGGGUGGUGUGGCUGCUGAGAGAUGGACAUGUCUACAUUAAUGAAAGUGAAGAGACUGAAUGCGACAAGACACAGGAAACAGGCUCAUUUAGCAAGUUUGUGAAUGUGAUAUCAGCUCGGACAGCUCUGGGACAUGACAGAGAAGGCCGGCUGGUGCUGUUCCAUGCGGAUGGACAGACUGAACAACGAGGCAUUAACCUAUGGGAGAUGGCCGAGUUCCUAAAGAAGCAGGGAGUGGUGAAUGCGAUUAACCUGGAUGGUGGAGGUUCGGCCACAUUUGUUGUCAAUGGAACCCUGGCGAACUACCCAUCGGACCAUUGCAAGGAUGAUAGCAUGUGGCGCUGUCCCCGCCGUAUCUCUACAGUCGUGUGUGUGCAUGAGCCACGCUGCAAUCCACCGGACUGCAAUGGUCAUGGGACCUGUGUGCAGGGAAUCUGCCAUUGUACUGGGGACUUCUGGGGGGGAGAUGACUGCAGCAUACUGGACUGUGGCCCCUCCAACUGUAGCCUCCAUGGGCUCUGCACUGAGACUGGAUGCCUCUGUGAUGCUGGAUGGACAGGCAAUACCUGCAGUGAAGCAUGUGCCAACAGCAGCUUCGGGGUCAGUUGUGCUCAGAAGUGCCAAUGCCAGAACGGGGCUGCUUGUGACCCUAUUCAUGGAACCUGUACUUGCCUUCCUGGCUUCCAAGGAGAUACCUGUGCUGAGGUUUGUCCCUUAGGUUGGUAUGGCCCAAGUUGCCAGCAUGCUUGCACAUGUGAGAGCUCAUGCCCCUGUGACCCCAAGACUGGCAACUGCAACCUCACCUCCACUAUGCAGGACAUCCUUUCCCAAGUUGGCCAGUGUCUUGAAGCUUCCAUGGUACCUAAAAAGAAUGAAGAACACCCCUUCACAAAGAUGGCCUGGCUGUCUCUCACAUUGGCCCUGGCUCUCUUGCUGCUGCUCAGUGCUGCUGCUAAUGUGACUUUUGUCCUUGGCUCCAGAGCAUCCAGGAGGCGCCUGGAUGGAGAGUAUGCUUACCAUCCAUUGCAGGAAAUGAAUGGGGAGCUGCAUUCCUUAGAGAAGGAGCAACAAGGAGACCCCACCCUCUGCAUUAAGGACUCAGAACACUGAGAAGUGGCCAGUAUCUGCUCUGGAAAAAUUGAUUUGUGGAUUUUUCCAUUUCCUAAGACAGAAGAUGAGAACAAGAUGAGGAUUAUGUACCAGGGUUUCACUUCAAAGGCCAAUCCCAGCCCUGGCCCUGGCCCUCUCCUUGAUCAGAGGAGCUGGGAUACCUGUGCCUCAGUCUCCUAGCCUGCCUGCCUGCCCGCCCACCUACCCAUUACAUGUCAUGCUGCAUCACAGCCCCCAGCCAGAGCAAUAGUGCACUCCCAGAUAAAGCUCCCAGCUCUACCUCUCAGGGCAGGGCCUCUGGCCUCUUCCCCCUGCCUGUCUGUGUCUGCUUGUCCAGUGAGAUGCCUAUGUCCUCUGUGGGGAUGUAGCUGUGCCAAAGGGACUUCAGUUAUCCUGGGGAAAAGAGCAGCUGGAGAACCAUUCUCAUCAUGAUUGGAAUCAUGGUGAAACAAAAUAUAAUCCAUUGCCAAAGUCCUACCUAUGGAUAGAAAAGAGGCCUUUAAGGGCUAAUGAGAAACUUGCAAAUCUCAGCCUUCCUAUAAUUUAUUCAUUCCUGUGGGAAAAUUGAGGCCAUAUUAGGUCACUUUUAUGUAGACCACUUUUUUAUGCUAAUUUAAAGUUUUAACCCCCUGUGAUAGGUUGCUUUUUUGAAGACAAAGAGAAUGGGGAGAAUGAAAUUGGUAUUUUUACAUGACAAGCUAUUUUGUCCUUCUUUUCAUUGAUUAAUAUUUCUAUUACUUGAAUAAAUUGAGGGAUGAAAGGA